UCACCUCUCUUGGGCUUUAACGAGACUUCUCAUUGGACGUCAACACGCGACCAGCGCGAGGAGGGGGGCUCCCAGACGCGUGCCGCUUUUUAAACGGACGCCGCGCCUUGAGACACCAGAGAAGGAGUCCCACACGCGACACACAGAGCAACAGCGUUGCAGUGCGUGCCUCCAAUAACUUUUUCUAACUUUAACAUUACCGACCUUCGGUGGUCUUUGGGAAAAUGGAUGUUCUAAGUGUUGAAGAGUGGAGCAAGGGAGCCCGAGAGUUCUUUGACUCGCGGCAGCAGAGCCCGAGAGUGAUGGAGAGGGGAGAGAAGCAGCCGCUCGAGGAGUCCCGCUACGAACCUGGACUGACGCUCGUGGACAACGGCAGUGACCCACGCGCCUGGCUGGCUCUGGUGCAGCAGCCUGGCACCUGCGCGGCACACGCCACUUCACCAGAAUACCUGCGGCACUCGCCCUGCUCGAGCAACGGCUCCUAUCAAGAAAGUGGCUCCCCGGGGUCCGCAGGCCAUCCCAGCCCUCCCAGCUACAGAAAAACUGCCAAGAGCCCCUCCUCUUCUACGCUCAAAGUCAGGGACUUGUGCCGUCUUAAGGGUACGGUCACCGGGCCCGAUGAUGACGCGAGACAGAGAGCUCCGUCCAGUAGACCCGCAAACGGAGUCCACAAGCAGAGGCGCGUGGCCGCCAACGCGCGUGAGAGACGACGGAUGCACGGGCUUAACCACGCGUUUGACGAGCUGCGCAGCGUCAUCCCAGCGUUUGACAACGACAAGAAGCUCUCCAAGUAUGAAACUUUACAGAUGGCACAGAUUUACAUCAACGCUCUGGCUGAUCUGCUCGAAGGUCCAGUGCCUUCCAAAAGCAGCAAUAACGAAGCCUCAAAGAAUAACAACAACUCGCCAAAGUGUGACACUAUGCCUUUACCCGCUGCUGGUCGUGACUUAACGAAGGACAAGGCUUCCUCGUCCUCUGUGCCCGUCUCAGAUAGCAGCUUACCUGUUCAUAUCAGCGGGAAUCAUUUUUGCUCCUCGUUCGACGACGGGGCGUUUUCAGCCAUGGUGGAAGAAGCGAUGCGUUCGCCGUCUACUUCAUCCGCCCGGGCAGGAGGAAGGAAAGAGUCCCCCCGGAGCGACGGAGAGUUUUCCCCCCACUCCCACUGCAGUGACUCGGAUGAAAUAGCGAUGGAGCUCCACUCAAGUGAAGAGGAGGAUCUUUCAGAUCUCAAAUUAGCCAGACACACUCACCACACCGUUUCUUCUUUCUGAACAUUUACAACAAAAAUAGCAGACUAUAUUAAAGGCUCACUUUGGCUUUCAACAACCUGCCGUCCGUGAACCGAGUCAAUCAUACAUCUUGCCUGUUGCUGACAAAAAGCCUUUGAAGGAGAAAGAAAGCCUCUUCAAAAACGUCAUGAAAUUUGUAACAACAAUUAAAGCAUAUUUUAUUAACUUGUAAUGUAAUCUAAAGAUGUUUUUAAUGUGUGAUAGGCCUAAUUCGGUUCUGCCAAGAGAUGUAUAGCCUAAUAUGUCUAGUUUCCAUGGAGACGUGGCUGGAAGACCCCUCUGCCAUGUCGCGCGCAGCACUGCCAUGGGUAUCUCCCACGUCACUCCGACCAAAAAGCAGUCUUCCACAAAUUCAUACCUUUAUGGAUGAUUGCUGAAAUUUUAUGAUUAAAACGAUUUUGUUUAAGCUAUUCAAUUUUUUUUUUAUUGGAAAUAUUGUUUUAUGUGUUGGUUGUAUGUGUAAUGUAUUUGUUUUGCAACUUCAAAAGUUCCUAUGUGCACUUUAAAGAGAUAAACGAGCCAGAGGCUUGAGAAAUGCGACUUCGAUUUCAUACAAUAGACAAUAACGUUUUCCUGUUAGCUACUGUAGUACUGCCAAUUUCAAUUAAUUUAAUGUAGCCAUCAAUGCUGCCUUCUUUUGUAUUUUCUUUUGUAUCUUCAGUUGAACUGGUGUGUCUUUUGCUUUCACUGGAUGAGAUUAAUUGACAUGUAUUUAUUGCAUAUGUUUUCGUUGAUUUGCUUUUUAU